AUGGAUUUAAACUUUCUUAAAUUUAUGAUAAUAAGAUGUGCCAAUACUACUAUUGCGGUAACUACUUCUUCACCGUGGACCAAUACAACAAGCUCUAACACAACUAUUGGAGUAACUACUUCUUCACCUUGGACAAAUACAACAAGUGCCAAUACUACCAUUGCUGUAUCAACUUCUUCACCAUGGACCAAUACCACAAGUGCCAAUACUACUAUUGCGGUAACUACUUCUUCACCGUGGACCAAUACAACAAGCUCUAACACAACUAUUGGAGUAACUACUUCUUCACCUUGGACAAAUACAACAAGUGCCAAUACUACCAUUGCUGUAUCAACUUCUUCACCAUGGACCAAUACCACAAGUGCCAAUACUACUAUUGCGGUAACUACUUCUUCACCGUGGACCAAUACAACAAGCUCUAACACAACUAUUGGAGUAACUACUUCUUCACCGUGGAGUAAUACAACAAGUGCUAAUACUACUAUUGAAGUAACUACUUCUUCACCCUGGACCAAUACAACAAGUUCUAACACAACUAUUGGAAUUACUACUUCUUCACCGUGGACAAAUACAACAAGUGCCAAUACCACUGCUGCGGUAACUACUUCUUCACCAUGGACUAAUACAACAAUUGCCAAUACUACCAUUGGUGUAUCAACUUCUUCACCAUGGACCAAUACCACAAGUGCCAAUACUACUAUUGCGGUAAAUACUUCUUCACCGUGGACCAAUACAACAAGCUCUAAUACAACUAUUGGAGUAACUACUUCUUCACCGUGGACAAAUACAACGAGUGCCAAUACUACAGUGGCAGUAACUACUUCAUCACCGUGGACUAAUACAACGAUUACUAAUACUACUCUUGUAGUAACUUCUUCUUCACCAUGGAUAAAUACAACGAUUGCCAAUGUUACUACUUCACCAUGGACAAAUACAACUAAUUCAAAUUCAUCGUCAUUACUUACAACUGUUCAACCUUCUUUUAACACAACUGCCAAUAGUACUACUCUUAUUCUAACCACACCUAUUUCUACAGAAAACACAACGACCUCUCACGAUUCUAAUUUAAAUUGGUUGGAAACUACUUGGAAUAAAAUAAAAAAUAUUUUUUAA